UAGGGUAUUGCCACCAUGUAUGGUACACUGGAAUGGAGAAAAUUAGUAGAAGUUGGCGCCUGCCUGGCAAAUACUAUUCCAAUUAAAUCAUCACACGACGUCUCCAGACGAAACCAGUCGAGCGAACAGACGCUGUCACGACACACUUCCGAAAAAUACCAUCUUUCUACCGCUUCUUUUAAUCUGCCAAAUUGUCGGGCAGUUAGAGAGAGAAGAAUAGUAGAACCGGUGCAGAAAGACACUUACAAAUAUGAAUUUGGAAACAUGCCAAUAGAAUGGGAAGCGUGGAUCAGAGGCAAAAGGAAAGACCCUCCAACUACUCAGGAAAUCCUCAGGAAUGAGCAAGCAAGACGGGAAGUAGGUGCCAAAGCACAGGCUCUUAUCCAGCAGGAAAAACAUCUGCAGAGUAUCGAAGACAAAGGACCUCUCAACAGUCCAAUGAAAACACAGAUUAAAGGACACGCCUCUGCUCCAGUUUAUAGCAAACACACGGCCUCUGAAGAACCAUCUAGUACUGCUAGCACAUUUGAACCUGGCUCCUGGAACCCGCAGAAAAAGUAGCCAAAGCUUCUGGAAAACAGGGGUGUGCUUCCUUGUUCAGGAACACAUUUCUGUUUAAUAUUUCUACUGAAAGCAACAAUGUACAAUAUUUAUACCAUCAAAAUCUUUAUUGAGCUAGUUAUCCAAAUUGUAAAGCUCAAGCCAAAAGCUAUGUGCUUUCUAGAGUACUGAGUUAAACAUCACAAUUCUUUGUGUUUUUGUAUGUUAAAAAGGUAAAAUGGGGAAUUUUUCAUAGAAAGUUAAACAUGUUAACCAUUAUUCUGCUAAUAAUAUAUUUAUCUGUUCA